CACAGACAUUUUAGUGAUCUUAUCGUCAGAUAAGUGCAGGACCCUCACUCAAUCAAAGACAGUGAAGACCAGUGAUCAUAGCGGACGUCUCUCUCGCAGCACUUCAUGACGCUUGAGAUUUUUGCAAAAAUGAAGUUCUACACAGCAUGGAUGGUUUUGACUUUUCUUGUCAUCUACCUCUCUGAUUUAACCCAGGGAAAGGAUGAAGCUCACUGGCAAAAGAUGAACACCUCACCAGUCUGCUUUGGCGCAAAGAAUAACAAGUUUGGCAAGUUCCGUGCUCCAUAUGGUGGAAAACUGGCAGCUGUAAAACUGGUCUAUCUGCACGGCUACGUUACUUGCGCCGUAAAUGCAGCAACCCCCCAGUGGUCCUUUUGGGGCUGCGGUAACAGGCCCUCUGUCAGAAACCACAUCAAUGGUGUCAUAACAACAUCAUCCAAUAGCAUCAUUUUACCACCGAGUUAGAUCUUUACUCUUGGAAGAGGGAAGUGGUCGGAGAUUCCCGGAUACAACUUGUUUUCCCCCGAGAUCAUUUUGUCUUUCAUCUCCGGUAGUCAGUCAGUCCAUGCGGGUGAACAUCUACGUUUUUUUAACGGAGAAGAUUACUUGAACUAGACGGAAGGCGACAACGAUGGACGAGUCUGUUGCGAUGUUUACGCCCUUUAUGUCGAGUAUUCAUACUAGUUAAAGGUUCAGGUGAGUUUUCAAAAGCAUAAAAAGAGCCUUAGUGUCGUUCAUUUUUAAGCUUUCGUAAUGUAAUGGAUCCGCUUUCGGUGAUUAACACAGUUCUAUAAAUGUUCGUAAGCUAUCACAAUUUAAAAUCAUGACGUUUUCGUCAAAUCGCAAAUAGCGAAAGUUGUAGUUUUUGCAGUCUGUUUUCAGCGUUUUUGCACAAAUGUGUGCAUU